AAGAAAGACUAGUCGACAACGAGCCAUCACGUCUUCUAUUUCCUAUCGGGAACUAUCACGGUGGUUAUCAGAAAAUUUGGACAGAUACCAUGCCUAGUCUUCCGCAGAUUGAGAAAUCUGCUCUCCGAGGUUGCGACUUUUGUGUAUUCCUACAUAACAGCAUAUUAUCUCGCGAUACAGAUAAUAUGCUAGUUCAUUGUAUCGGAAAGAAACUAACAGAACUGGACACACGUAGCGCAUCAAUAUCAGUCGCAUACUGCUGGUCAAGCGAAUCCCCAGAUAUAUAUCGCGAUAUACAUUGCAAAGAUCUUAUAGAGAAGGGAGCAUGUUCUAGGCAGGAUAUUUCUUCAACCCAUGAUAAUUUAAACGAAGAAUACUCCCCUAAUGAGGACGAAGAUAAUGGAAAUAUGCUCGACGAAGGGAACUCCUCGGACGAAGAACACGACCUACUUGAAACAGAUUCAAAGAUGAAGGAAGACGGCCAACUGGAGGGACUCAUUGUCCGACUAGACGUUCAGGCAACUGAUAAAUAUAUACCGCCAAUUUAUCUCUGUUGCUAUGCUACACAGACUCCGGGCUCCGAUGCUACUGGCAACUGGCUUGGUUUAGCUCUACCGUCAAGUCAGAAUUACUCGGAGCCGCAUCGAGUAGAUUGGAUGAGACGAGCUCUUCAAAAGUGCGAAACACACAGCCAUAAACUUACCGAUGACAAUUUUAUUCCAGAACGCCUCAUUGAUGUACAAUCUCCAAGACCCAGAUUGGUUCUUCGUAGAAAAUAUCAGACAUUGCAUAGCAUCUCCCCUGUCCCGGCAUACGCCGCCCUAAGUUACUGCUGGGGCCCUCCAGAGGACGCUAGAUCGCAACUAACUACCACAAACGAAACUUUUGAGAUGAGGCAAAAAGGGAUAGAGGAUCAUGAGAUGACACAAGUCCUUAAAGAUGCUAUUUUUACGACACGAGCACUAGGAAUUCGUUACCUAUGGGUCGACGCACUCUGUAUCAAACAAGGGGACACUGAUGACUGGGUUCGGCAAUCAGUGGAUAUGUCAAAGAUCUAUGGGAACGCGAAAGUCACCCUUUGCGCUGCAUCCUCUAUGUCUUGCCAAGAAAGCUUUCUACGCCAGAGAGGUAGUCGGAUCCGCAUGCCCUUUCACUCCACUCUCCGGCCGGGUAUAACAGGUUCAUUUGACAUACAAUUCAAGUAUGUCCGAAGAGAUACCUAUACCCCGAGACUAUUCUCUCAUCGCGGAGUGAGCGUUUUCGACCUUGAUCUAUCCUUCGCAAACUGGGCGGGCCGUGGCUGGGUAUUCCAGGAGAGGUUUUGCUCUAGGUCUAAACUUAUAUUCGGGAACUCCUUCAUACAUUUUCUAUGCGACACCGAAACACAUAAGAUGGGCAAGUCAUUGAUAGAUGGCCCUUGGGUUGUCAGUCUAUCUACUAUCAUCAAUGGAAACCCCAAUGAGCUCUACAGCGCCUGGCGUUACAGGGUAUUACGACGAUAUGCACGGUUCAACAUUCACUCCUUUUCAAACCACACGGAUCUGCUACCUGCUUUAUCGGGUCUAGCACAAUGUUUCCAUCAGCGACUACAAGAUGAUUUUCUAGCUGGAUUCUGGAAAAGGGAUCUCUUACGGAGCCUUCUAUGGUUCGUACGCUACAGUGACGGUGGUUACCCCCCUCACGAAACUGAGUUUUUGCCAUCCCACGAUUCCUAUAUUGUUCCAUCGUGGAGCAUACUCGGUCGUGGCUACUCGCAAGGAAAUUGGGAGUAUGAUUGGCGUCUAGAAAGCAUCCGACCCGCGACGCAACUACUACAUGCAAUCACAGACCUAAAGAGUGGAAAUCCUUUCGGAGCCAUCACAGGUGGUAAACUUACUAUCAGAGGUAGGGUCCUCGAUUUCGCAUGUCUGGACAAGGAUGCUAUCUCUGUCACUCAUGAAGGUUGCGUCGAGACAUACUAUCCCUACCAAUUACUAUACAAUAUAGAAGUCGUCGGACGUUUCACCCUAGACUUUCGAUAUACGAAGCUCAUCCAGGAUAGAGAUUGCUGCGGCAAAACUGAGAGCGAAGCGAUUCUCGAGCACAUCGGAUCGUUAAAGUGGGUCCUUCUCGGGAGGGGUUGCUGGGAACACGGAUUAGGAGACGGAGCAUUCGGCCUCAUUCUACGUCAAGUGCCCAAUUCGAAGGGGUUAUUUCAGAGGGUGGGUGUGUUUAGUCCUCCGUGGGCGCUUUCGAUACCGUACGGCCUCUCGAUGUUUAAGAUAUUAGGGAAGACGCAAACUGUAGUUGUCAUCUAGGAGCAAUGUCAAAUAGCCGCAUUACUUUCACCUACAACUUCUAACC